UUUUUUAUAAGUAUCAAUUUAAUCCAAUAUUAUUAGACAACGUUUAACAUUUUCCUACAAAUUUUUACAUCAAUAACCCUAUUGACCCACUUGAGCUAGUGAGAGAAAAGGCAAGGAUAUGAGUAUGAAUAUGAUCAUGGUUAUGCAUAAGGGCCCCCAUCAUCAUCACCUCUGGAUCUGAAACUUCUUUUUGUUGUGAAGAUUUUAAAUUUUCAUGGCACCCCAUGUUGGGUUUUUAACAUAGAACAAAACAAGGUUCUUCUCCAUCAAAAUCUCCUUUCAAGUUUUCAUCCAUGUCUGUUGAAACUUGUUCCAUAACUGAAUCAGCAUCUCAGAAGCUAUAAUGGAACAAAUGAAAAGCAUAAAUCAUUAAAGGGAAAUUACAUGGAUGAUAAAUCAACUGGUUUUUGCUAUUCAACCAUGCCAACCCAUCUCGUGAAUCAGAUCCAAAGCUUUGAAUCCAACCCGGAGAUGUUUAACUUAACAACAGGCAUGGAGAUGAUAGGAUUCUUCAAUAAAAAUGGAAGCAACACCACCACCACAGGUACUCCUUCUUGUUCCAAGGCUGUUAAUGAGUCAACGACCGAGUUCUAUCAACAUGCCGAGUUCACAACUGGGUUAGAAGUUGGAACUGAGUCAUCAGGUCCUUGGCAAGAUGAUUCUUCUUUCAGGUGUGUUUUCCCUUGCGAAGGAAACGAGAGACCAAGUCAAGGUCUUUCACUCUCUCUUUCAUCAAGUAAUCCCACUACCAUUGGGGUACAAUCUUUUGAGCUGAAGCAAGUUGGUCAUGGCUAUGAUAAUCAACAUGAUGAUAUGAGGUUCAUUGGUUCUUCAUCAAGUUCUAGAGAGGGUUUCUUUGCAAAGCCUGCAAAUCAUCAUCAUCAUCAAGGGGAGUUCCAAUUGAGGAAUUCAAAGUACUUGGGACCAACUCAAGAGCUUUUGAAUGAGUUUUGUAGCCUUGCGAUGAAACAAAUGGAUUCAUCGAAACAAAAGCAAUCGAUCCAUAAGGGUAAUAAACAAUGGGAUGAUGAGAAUGGAGGUAGCUCUUCAAUGAAACAACCCCUUCAUUCCCUAGAUUUCAUGGAGUUGCAGAAAAGAAAAACCAAGCUGCUUUCAAUGCUAGAAGAGUUGGAUAGAAGAUACAAGCACUAUUGUGAUCAAAUGAAAGCCGUGGUAUUGUCCUUCGAAGCAGUGGCCGGCAUCGGCGCGGCAUCGGUGUAUUCGGCUUUAGCAUCGAAAGCGAUGUCAAGGCAUUUUAGAAGCUUAAGAGAUGGCAUCGUUGGCCAAAUUCAAGCUACUAGGAAAGCCAUGGGAGAAAAAGACCCAGUUGCACCAGGGACAACCAAAGGUGAAACACCAAGGCUAAGGAUACUCGACCAAGCUUUGAGGCAACAAAGGUCUUAUCAUCAAAUGAACAUGAUGGAAUCACAUCCAUGGAGACCCCAAAGAGGCUUGCCCGAAAGAUCAGUCUCGGUUCUUCGAGCUUGGUUAUUUGAGCAUUUUCUACACCCGUAUCCAAGCGAUGUUGAUAAACAUAUCUUAGCCCGGCAAACCGGUCUCUCAAGAAGCCAGGUAUCCAAUUGGUUCAUUAAUGCAAGAGUGAGACUAUGGAAACCAAUGGUAGAAGAAAUGUAUUUGGAAGAAACAAAGGAACAUGAAAACAACAACAUGGCCUCACCAAAUGGAGCCACUAAUACUAAUCAAAAUGAUCAAAAACCAACCCCGGACCAGCUUGUUCGAGUUGACUCAGAAUGUCUAUCUUCCAUUGUCACAAACCUAGAUAAAAACGAUCCAAAAAGUGCCAAAACCAUUGAAACCCGUCACAGCUUGCAUCACCAUCACCAUCAUCAUCAACAACAAAGCUUUGCAACUUAUGGUGCCAUGGAAUUGGACUUCUCUUCCUACAAUCAUCAUCAAGCAGCAGCAUCUAACGGUGGAGGUGUGUCAUUGACGUUAGGGUUACAACAACAUGGUGGGAAUAAUGGGGUGAGCUUAGCAUUCUCCCCAACUUCACAAAGUUCAUUGUUUUACCCUAGAUCGGACCAAAUUGAAGAUUGUCAACCGGUUCAGUACUCACUUUUAGAUGGUGAAGGACAGCAUUUGCCUUAUAGGAGCUUGAUGGGUGCUCAAUUGCUACAUGAUUUGGCUGGUUAGCAAUAAUAAAAAAAAUGGGUUUUAUUCAUAUUGUUGAUGGGAUUUAUAGAUAAAUAGAUUAGGUAGCAUCAUACAUACAUGCUUACGUACAUAAAUACAUACAUGCAUGCAUACAUACAUAUAUAUAUAUGUAUUGGAAGAACAUGUUUAUACAGAUGUAUACGUUUGGUUAGGCCUCACAUUGAAAGCUAAGUGAUUGGAAUGUUUGUGGAUGUUGUUUCGGUUGAACUUUCAGAAUAUAUUUGGGGCUUAUCUA